UUUUUAACAGUGGAAGUUGAUAAUGUCAAAUUUGAAUUUACGUAGUACCUCAAGUGUGUACCUUGUGGGUGAGCCAAAUCACCAAAUAACUGGGUGUAAAUUGCCCUCAAACCGGCAAGUUUUGCAAGUUUUAUUUUAUAAUUCACGUGAGGUAAAAUUAUUAAUAAAACAAAGUGCUAAUCUGGUAAUUCGCGAGUGUGUUAUUUUUUGGGAAAAGGCCAGAAUUCCACUAAGAGCAAUUCCUAAUUGUGUGAAAAAACUCGAAAACUUACAUGAAACUUGGAAAAACCUGCAGAAACAUGCUCACAGAACUUCAGCAACCCAUAAACAGCAAGAAGACGACUUCACAGGUAAUUUGGACAAUUUAUUUGACAUUGCACAUGCGAAUGCUCUUGAGUUAAUCAAAAUAGAAGAAGACAAACUCUUCUUACAAUGUCAAAGACAGCCUGGACGACCUGGUUCCUUGAUUGGUGUUGAUAAAAAUUUAGCAGAAAAAGAACGCAGGCAAGCGAUCCGAGAUGAGGAAGAAAAACAGCGUAAACUGAAACACCUUGAAACUUCAACAUCAGCAACAGCAUCUUGCUCAUCUCAGAAUGUUGUGGAGUCUGAAUUUAAUGAUCACGAGUCAUUCAUUUCUACUGAAAAUGACAAAAAUACUGACGAUACAGAAUUUGUUGCUAAUAUUCGUACUGAGCCUUCUAAGAAAAAUUUCAUUACACCAGAACUUGUAGCUGCUUUGGAUCAAUGUCGAUUGAGCAUUAGAGAUUCUGUUUUUGUUAUUGGAGCAGUUGCUGAAGCGCUUGGUCAUAAUAUUGAUCAAUUGAGCAUAAGUAAAUCAUCCAUCCAACGAAUUCGUACCAGUGAAAGAGAAAAACGAGCGAAAGUCAUAAAACAGAAUUUCCAAAAUCAAGUUCCAGAUGUAGUAACUGUGCACUGGGAUGGGAAAUUGUUACCUGGCCUAGAUCAACGAUGCUCAAAAGAAGAGAGGCUCCCCAUUCUUAUUACAUUUGAAGGUAAAGAGCAGUUGCUUGCUGUACCAAAGCUAGAAAAUUCCACAGGCGAAGCGCAAUCAACUGCUGUAUUAAAUGCACUAAUGGACUGGAAUUUAGAUGAAAAGGUUCAAAUACUUUAUUGCGAUACUACCGCGUCCAACACAGGUCGUUUCAAUGGGGCUUGUGUCCGUUUAGAGCAAGAGUUGGAGAGAGACUUACUACUGUUUGCCUGUUGUCAUCACGUAUAUGAACUACUUUUAAAAGCUGCAUUUGAAGCUAAAUUACCACAAGUCACAAAAAGUCCGGAUAUACCUCUGUUUAAAAAAUUCCGAGACAGCUGGAAAAACAUCAAUCCUCAAAAUUUUCAAGUUGACCAAGAAAUAUUAACUCGUUGCGAAGUACUUGAAAUUCAGACAUUGUCCACUUUUUAUCACGGUGAACUGGAAAAAAAACCAUAAGAGACGAUUAUCGAGAACUUAUUGAAUUGUCGUUAUUAUUUUUGAACCAGGAUCGAGAUCAACAAAUAAAAAUUAGGCCACCUGGUGCAGUCAGCCAAGCUAGGUGGAUGGCGAAGGGAAUAUAUUCUCUCAAGAUAUUCUUAUUGCGAUCUCAGUUUACUUUGUCUACCAACGAACUACAACAGCUGGGACAACUGUGCCUCUUCAUUGCAACUAUUUAUAUCCGACCAUGGUUAAAAUGUUUACUGGCUGUGAAAGCUCCGAUUCAAGAUUUAACUCUCAUCAAACGCUUGAAACGUUAUGAAGAAAUUGACCUCGAAAUUUCGAAAGCAACUUUGAACCGAUUUUUCCAACAUCUGUGGUAUUUGACUGAGGAAGCUGCAUUAUUGUCCAUUUUUGAUGACGAAGUAAGCGUGGAACAAAAAACAAGAAUCGUUGAACAACUAACCAAAGACGAAAUACCAAAUUCUGAUAAAAGAUACAUUCCAUCAAAGGACGAGA